AUGGGACUCGCAUUCUCCCGACUGUGGGAGCGUAUGUUCGGCAAGAAGGAGAUGCGUAUACUGAUGGUGGGUCUGGACGCGGCCGGUAAGACGACCAUCCUGUACAAGCUCAAGCUCGGAGAGGUGGUGACAACUAUCCCCACCAUCGGGUUUAACGUGGAGACUGUAGAAUACAAAAACAUUAGCUUCACCGUUUGGGACGUCGGAGGGCAGGACAAGAUCAGGCCGCUGUGGAGGCACUACUACCAGAACACGCAGGGGCUGAUCUUUGUCGUGGACUCUAACGACAGAGACCGCGUCGAUGCCGCACGGGACGAACUCCACCGCAUGCUCAACGAGGACGAACUGCGCGAGUCCAUCCUUCUCGUGUUCGCUAACAAGCAGGACCUUCCCAACGCCAUGUCAGCGGCAGAGAUGACGGACAAGUUGGGCCUGCACGGCCUGCGCCACCGGCAAUGGUAUAUCCAGGCAUGCUGUGCCACAACGGGCGAUGGUCUUUACGAGGGCCUCGACUGGCUCUCAGCCACCCUCUCCAAGAGGAAGUGAGCUGGCCAAAGGCUAAUUUGUGGACGGAGAUCCAACAGCCUCAUUUGUGGCUUAAAGCUUGUACGGGCGUGUAGCAAGAGCGGUCCGGUACGUGUGAAGACGUUUCUGCUUGGUCACUGUCUCGCGCUGAUGCUGACGUCCAUUUAUCAAGCUGUUCGUACCUGACCAGUAGACAAAUUUCCGGGAGUCGUUUUGCGUCGAAUUUUGGGGACGACGACAAAGUGACAAGACAUGGCCGCCCGUCGUGUUUAUGUGUGUAACCGUAGUGCUUUCACACGGGCCGUAGCUCUGCUGCAGUGACUUGAGUUGAGAAGGCCGUAGCAUAGCAUGGGUUGGCCGGCCUCUGUACGAUUAUCGGCAGAUGCCACGCACAACCGUGCCGGUUUUUAAUGACCGAGGCUGUUGGGCUCUUGAACAGGCGAAGAAAGGCCUAGACCAGAGCUUCCGGUGGAACGGAAUUGUCUGUACGCUCGAGACGCACAAAGCCCCGCGUAGCUGCGUACCAGGCUGCAGAGAUUUUGGAUUGUUCUGAGACACCGUUGGCAGCCCCGCAAAGGGCUUUGUUUGAGAAGGGGUGGGGUGGGGGGGGGGGCACUUUUUUUCAUGUUAAAUAUAGCCUGCGAAGGCGUGUACGUAGCCUUUGGCAAAGCACCUACGUCAAGUCUGAUUCCUGUUGGCGCAGGAAGAACAACUAGGCAUGCGUCAUCAACUACAGCUCUUGCUUGAGAAAGACAGGGCAGGUAUGCAAAGGCGUUCGGGGCCUUGUUGGAGUUUGUGCAACAAUAAGUGGUAAUUGAUGUGCCUCAGCACUGCAGUCGUUACCCCAGGUCUGCUUUUCCAUGUGUCUUCAUGUGUCUUGUGCUCCGGGAUUUUUGUGGCCUCCAACGAAGAUGAGAUGCGCACACCCUCAAAACGUCAACUGGCCUGACUUUAAAGGGACAGGCAAUUCCUUGUACACUUGGAUCGCGUGUUGACAUCGUGGAAACGGCGUCCCCGACGCUCUUUUCAAGGUGAAAGAGCUUCGUAUGUGGGCAACAGGAUUUUGCCACGUUGGUACACGGUUCGAUUCCAUUGUAGGUAAAAGUUUUUUUCAAGUGU